AUGUCUGACUUUUCAGCAAGUCUGAAGCCGGCUGAACCUCCAGCGCCCCGCAUCUUAGCAGCAGAGCGGGCAAAUACAAACAUUGAUGUUGGUCGAUUAUCUCAUCAUCUUCUGCACCGCAAUGGAUUCCGCGAGCGUCAAAGGCGAAUUGUGGAUGUCCUGGAGAAUCACCCCCUCUUCUCAAAGAAGAACAACCUGAAUAUGUCUCGGCCGGAGCGGUUUCACGUGGGUCUGGCACGGGCAAAGGAACUUAGGCGGAUUUCUAGGCGCUACGGAUGGUCCGAAGACGAUGAUAGAGUGGCCGAAUAUCUCCUGGACGAGGUUUCGCCCUUUGCGCUCUCCAAUACUAUGUUCCUGGCAUCGUUGAGGCAGCAAUGUGACGAUGAGCAGAGGGCGUAUUGGUUACCUAAGAUCGAGAACUGGGAGAUUGUUGGCUGCUAUGGCCAGACCGAACUUGGUCAUGGCAGCAACGUUCGGGGGAUCGAAACCGAGGCCAGAUGGAACCCUGAAGGCAGGGGUUACGUUCUUCACAGUCCUCACCUGACCGCAGCGAAAUGGUGGAACGGCUCCCUUGGUCGCUGUGCAAAUCAUGCCGUCGUCGUCGCACAGUUAAUGCUCCCAGAUGAGAACGGGGUUAUGAAAUCGUACGGACCACAUCAGUUCAUCGUACAGGUCCGCGACAUGAAAACCCACAAGCCCCUUGAAGGGGUGGUGAUUGGCGACAUCGGACCAAAAUACGGGUACGCCUCUAUGGAUAACGGCUAUAUGCUCUUCAAGAACUUUCGUAUUCCUUCGUCCGCGCUCCUGGCCAAGUAUUCCCGCGUCACCGAGAGUGGAAAGUACAUCAAGCCUGAGAAGCCGGCCACCGUCUAUGGCUCGUUAACCUACGCGCGGGCGCAGAUUAUUAUGCAGGCGCGGCUUGUGCUGGCCCGCGCUGUCACCAUCGCCGUCCGAUACACACUGAUAAGACGACAAUUCCGCGACCGGGAUGCCUUACCUAACGCGCCGGAAGAGGCUGUGCUUAACUAUCCCACAGUUCAGAUCAGAGUGCUUCCUUUACUAGCCACAACGUUUGCUCUUCAUUAUACAGGUGAAGCUAUGAACGAAAUCUACUCUUCGACACGAGCGCGGAUCGAAAAGCAUAACGACUUUUCUAAAAUAGCCGAGAUGCAUGCGUCUUCUUCUGGACUGAAGUCGUUAUGUACCACGCUGGCAGCGGAUGGAAUCGAAACGUGCCGCCGCGCGCUUGGAGGCCACGGAUUUGGCGGUGGGAGUGGUAUAAUCUCGUUGAACAACGACUAUCUAUCGAAACCGACAGUGGAAGGCGAUAACUACAUGAUCACCCAGCAAACGGCCAGUUAUCUCAUUAAACGCAUGCAGAAGUGUGUCAAAGAGCCUUCUGCCACGGGAACGGAUGAUGCAGACCGCGCGUUCCUGGACUUCCUGCGAACGAGAGAUCGUAUCCCUGAGUUUGACGUGCUCCAUAGCGACAGAGACCUCGUGGCGGCAUUUCAGUUCCGAGCGAGCCUGCUCGCGCACCAGGCGUACCAAGCGCGGAUUGAGGAGAAAACACCGUGGAAACGUAUGCUUAUUCGCCUACACAGAUUGAGCAACGCGCACUGCCAAGCCGUCCUUGUGGCCAAUUUCUACAACGCUCUAGCGACCCAGACGCCGCAGCUCGGGCAGACCACGCACAACGUCAUGCACGCGCUGUUCAGACUGUACGCCCUCUCGACACUUGAGAAACAAGCGGCUGAUUUCUUGAUCGCCGGGGUGUUGCUGCCUAGUCAUCUCGAGGGCUUGUCCUCGCAGCUUCAAACACUCCUGGAUACUGUUCGAGUCCACGCCGCCGCCUUGGUGGAUGCCUGGGACAUUCCCGACUAUUUACUCUCUAGUUCGCUCGGGCGCUAUGACGGUGACGUCUACUCGAGCCUCUUCCGCGUGGCACACGAGGAAAAUCCGCUCAACAUGCACACCUUCAAUAGCGACUGGCGCAGCGAAGAGAUCAUAAUGGGUGAGGGUGAGGAACAUGCUCGCAAUCGGAUCAUGGCCUUGGUGCAUGGAUCCUUUGGUCACGAACAGAGCAGCCCAGUCACAUCCAAGCUUUGA